UUUAAAAACAAUUAAUUAGAAUUUUCUAAAUAUGUUAUCUAUAUUAAAACAAAUAAUGCCAAUUUUUCUACGUACAUCUUCGAUUGAAAAUUGUAAAAUGGUAAUUAUAGUGAGAACUGAUAUAGUUAUGGGAAAAGGAAAAAUAGCUGCACAAUGUGCUCAUGCGGCAUUAGAAUGUUAUAGAAAAGCAACAGCUAAUCCAAAAAAACAUUAUAUGUUUAAAGAUUGGUUAUAUUAUGGUCAACCAAAAAUUGUUCUUAGAGUAUCUAGCGAAGUUGAAUUAUUAGAUUUAGCGAAUAAAGCUAAAAAAGUUGGUUUAACCACAGCUAUAAUAAGAGAUGCAGGUAGGACUCAAUUACAAACAGGUACAAUUUCGGUAAUUGGAAUUGGACCUGGUCCAAAUAUAGAGAUAAAUAAGAUUACAUCACAUUUGAAAUUAUUAUAAAUAUCAAAUAAAUGUAAAUAAAUGAUAUA